UCCUGCUUUCAGGUUGGCCUGAGAUUAAAGGAAUUCGCAUGGAGCAGGUAAAGCAGCAUAGAUUGGGCGUGGGAGGGGUUCGCGAUCUUUUUUUGAGACAUGACCAUGUUUGGAGAAUGGAUCUUCUGAUCAGAACUAAGGCAUCAAACACAGGAAAUGUCCCAGCCUGCCUUGAGGAUUAAACUGGCUGCUGCAUUUUAAUGUCAUGGCAGAGUGCUCCAGUCAUCACCAGAUGGCUCGCUUCUUCAGAUGGCUCGUAGACUUUAAGAGGAACAGAAACUCAAGUCCGAACUCCAGGUUGAAUCCAUGUUCCAGCCCACAGACGAGUGACAGGACAAAAAGUUCCUGUGGAGAUCGAAGAUCCUGCAGCACCUCACUGCCCACAACCACCUUGUCAUCAUGGAAACUUGACAGCAGUGCCCGAUGGAGUAAAGAGUACGACGUGUGUGUCUGUCACACUGAGGAUGAUAUAAUGUACGUACAGGACCUCGUAUCUUUCUUCGAAUUGCAUCCUCACAGUCUGCGCUGCUUCCUGCAGUUCAGGGACGCAACUCCAGGGGGUGCUGUCUGCACUGAACUUUGCCAAGCUGUCAGGGAGAGUCAUUGCUGGGUGUUGGUCAUCACACCCAGCUUUCUUAAGGACCCAUGGUGCAGGUACCAGAUGCAACAGGCACUGUCUGAAUCACCAAUGGCUAAUGGACGGAUUAUUCCUGUCCGCAAACAACUGGAACGGAAGGAUUACCCCCAGGAGCUUCGCUUUAUGUUUGGUAUUGAUGUCAGGCAGGACAAAGAAAAUGGAUUCCAAAAGAUCAAGUGUGCUAUAAUGCAUUAUCUUGCGGAACUCGGUAGGAAGGAGAGAGAGUACACUCCCAGUUCACAGGAUGACCCAGAAUUCAACAAGGACACUGCCAGUGAAACACUGGACUCAAGUGGGAAUUGUUGACUGACGAAAGGACAAUGCUUGCUGAAGUCUGCUAUCAAGGAGAUGGGAUAUUGAAAAUGGAGUUAUUUGUGAUUUUUCCAAUACCUGGGGGGUCGAGCUUGAAAACUGUUUGUUUAUGUAAGGGUUUGGGUAACUCUGUUUUUGUUUUUUUUUGUACAUUUCUGUCUUUAUCUGUAAUUGGUGUGAUAUGUGAGUUUGCAGUGUUGUUUCCCUUUUUACUUUCCCGGUGGUGGAAAUCUAUUCCCAGUCGAGGGAUGAAAACUGACAUUAAACUGACGUGGUUCAAUGCUUGGCUUACUGCUGAGUUUUGGCUCUAAGUGGGAUUGAGUUCAGGUAAUUAACAGUGGUGAACCUAGGAGAUGGGGGUUAUUGCAAUGUGUUGUGGUGAGCUUUUCCUUGUAGUUGGCACUGAUGGGAGAAUAUGAUAGCGAGUCUUGAUCAGAGAACCAAAGUUUAUUAUUCCUUCAUAAUUUGUUGCGAGUGAUACAUAAAUGUGUUGCUUUGAGCCAGGCCAGGGGUAAGAUUAAGAAACCUUGGAUGACGAGAGCGGAGGAGCUUCUCGUCCAAAGAAAGAAGGCAGCUUACGUAAGGUGGAGUAAGCAAGGGUCUUGCUCAGCUCUACAGGAUUACAGGCAGGCGAGGAAGGAGCUCAAAAAUGGUCUGAGGAGAGCCAGGAGGGGGCACGAAAAAGGUUCGGCAGGGAGAAUCCAAAUGCAUUUUAUACAUAUGUCAGGAAUAAGAGAAUGAUCAAAGAAAGAGUAGGACCAAUCAGGGAUAGCAUAGGGAACUUGUGUAUAGAGCCUGAGGAGGUAGGGGAAGCUCUAAAAGAGUUUUUUGCUUCUGUCUUCACUAAAGAAAAGUGAAUGAAACCAUUGAGGAGCAGGUAAGCAUGCUGGAACAGAUAGAGAUUGAGGAAGCUGAUGUGCUGAAAAUUUUUACACACUUUAAGAUUGACAAGUCGCCAGGGCCAGACCAAAUUUGUCCUCGGCUGCUUUGGGAAGUGAGAAAUGUGAUUGCUUCACCGCUUGUGAAGAUCUUUGCAUCCUCACUCUCCACCGGAGUCGUACUUGAGGACUGGAGGGAGACAAAUGUAAUUCCUCUCUUCAAGAAAGGAAAUAGGGAAAUCCCCGGCAAUUAUAGACCAGUCAGUCUCACGUCUGUUGUCUGCAAGGUGUUAGAAAGGAUUCUGAGGGAUAGGAUUUAUGACCAUCUGGAAGAGAUCAGACUAUCAGAAAUCUGCUUGAUUUAAAUGCAGUCAGCACGGCUUUGUGAGGGGCAGGUCAUGGCUCUCGAAUCUUAUUGUGUUCUUUGAGGAUGUUACUAGACAAGUUGAUGGUCGAGUGGUGGAUGUGGUGUAUAUGGACUUCAGCAAGGCAUUUGAUAAUGUUCCCCAUGAUAGGCUCGUUCAGAAGGUCAGGAGGAAUGGGAUUAGGGACAUUUAGCUACCUGGAUACAGAAUUGGCUGGUCGACAGAAGACACCGAGUGGUAGUGGAAGGAAAGUAUUCUGCAUGGAAGUCAGUGGUGAAUGGUGUUCCACAGAACUCUGUUCUUGGGCCUCUACUGUUUGUAAUUUUUAUUAAUCACUUGGAUGAGGGGAUUGAAGGAUGGGUCAGCAAGUUUGCAGACGACACAAAGGUUGGAGGUGUCGUUGAUCGUAUAGAGGGCUGUUGUAGGCUGCAGCAUGACAUUGACAGGAUGCAGAGAUGGUCUGAGAGGUGGCAGAUGGAGUUCAACCUGGAUAAAUGCGAAGUGAUGCAUUUUGGAAGGUCGAACUUGAAAGUUGAGUACAGGGUUAAAGACAGGAUUCUUGGCAGUGUGGAGGAACAGUGGGAUCUUGGUGUGCAUGUACAUAGAUCCCUUUAAAGUUGCCACCCAAUUGGACAGGGUUGUUAAGAAAGCAUAUGGUGGUUUGGCUUUCAUUAACAGGAGGGUUGAGUUUAAGAGCCGUGAGAUCUUGUUGCAGCUCUAUAAAACUUUGGUUAGAUUGCACUUGGAAUACUGUGUCCAGUUCUGGUCACCCCUAUUAUAGGAAAGAUGUGGAUGCUUUGAAGAGGGGGUUCAGAGGAGGCUUACCUAGAUGCUGCUUGGAAUGGAGGGCUUAUUUUACGAAGAGAGGUUGACUGAGCUUAGACUUUUUUGUAAAAAGAAGGAAGAGAGGGGACCUAACUGAGGAGUACAAGAUAAUGAGAGGCAUAGAUAGAGUUGAUAGCCAGCGAUUUUUUCCCAGGGCAGAAAUUGUUAACACGAGGGUUCAUAGUUUUAAGCUGUUUGGCAGAAAGUAUAGAGGGGAUGUCAGAGGCGGAUUCUUUACACAGAGUUGUGAGAGCAUGGAAUGUGUUGCCAGCAGCAGCAUGGAAGUGAGGUCAUUGGGGAUAUUUAAGAGAUUGCUGGACAUGCAUAUGGUCACAGAAAUUUGAGGGUUCGUACAUUAGAUUUACCUUACAUGAGGAUCAAUGGUCGGCACAACAUAGUGAGCUGAAGAGCCUGUUCUGUGCUGUACUGUUCUGUUCUAAUUUUUUUAAAGGGAAUAAACAGUUGUCAGAACAAUUGUCUGUGCUGGAACAGAAUGUCUUGAGUACUGACUGGGGACAAAAUGAGGUUUACUCUGACCUAUUCUCAAUCCCAGCCUCUGAAAAGUACCACCAUAUUACAUUUGUGUGAAAUAUUCUACUUCCCUGUGCUCUGAUGUCUGAACAAAUAGAUUGGAAAACCGAAAGAACUGGCUGAUCUUAUCUCUGCCUCAAUUCCACUUUCCUCCUGCUCUCCAUGACCCUUUGACAUGUUACUGAUGAAAAAUCUGUCUAUCUCCUUAAAUGUACUCAACAUCCUAGCAUCCACCACAUUCUGGGGUAGUGAAUCCCAUAGAUUAUUGACCUUUUGAGAGAAGUAAUUUCUCCUCAUUUCUGUUUUAAAUCUGCUUCCCACUUCUCCUAAAACAAUAUUCUCUCAUUGUAGAUUGCCCAACUAUCUCAAACUUCCAGAGAGUAUAAAUCUAAAUUGAUCAUUGUUUUCAUAACACGAACCUUUUAUCUUUGAAAUCAAUCUAAUGAACCUUCCAUGAAUUGUCUCCAAUGAAACUGCAUCCCUGCUCAAGUAAGGGAAUGAAAAUCAUAGGCUUUGCUCCAGUUACAGUCUCGCCUCAUGGCUUGUAUGGUUGCAGCUGCACUUGCCUAUUUUUAUACUCUCUUCCUUUACCAAUAAAUGCCAAAAAUUCCACUUGCCUUUCUUAUUACCUGCUGUAACACCCUGAUCCCUCCGUCUCAAUAAUCAGUUGCUUUUCUACUCCUCUAACCAAAAUGGAUCAUUUCACAUUUACCCACGUUAAACUUCAUCUGCCACAUUUUGGCUCACUCACUGAACUUCUUCAAAUCCACUUGCAAAUUUCUUACUACUUCAUUGCAAUGAACUUUUUCAUCUAUUUUAGUGUCUGCAAAUUUGGAUAUUGUACUUUCUAUCCCUGUAUCCAAGUCAUUAUCAUGGAUUAUAAAUAGUUGAGGCUCGAGGAGUGAACCCUAUGGCACCCCACUAGUUACAUCUUGCCAACUAGAAAAAGACCCAUUUUUCUCAACACUCUGCUUUCAGGUGGUUAGCCAAAAAGGUAGACUUUUGUCUUUUCCAUUGAAUGCUUCCAAUGUACCUGAACUCUGGUCUUGUGUUGGACUGAGUUUGCUGAAACCUGGAGAUGAAAGCACGCAGCAUACUGUCAGCAUUU